CUUUCCCUUUCCGUCAAUCCUGGACACCUUUCGACGCGGACAUCGGGGCUUUCGGAUACACCUAUUAUGAGGCGAUCAUCGGCGAGUAAAUUCCCCCUCGUAACAUGAGGACACCGUUGCUGCUGUUGACGUACAUGCAAAAUUCUAACGACUUGCAGUGAUCCUGGAUUACUCGGACGCAAGGAGACCCAGGAGAGCUCGCGAAAUCCCCUGCAACGGCAUCGGCCAGAGGAAGAUGAACAAGGCGACCAACAUCGCGCAGAAGGCCGCCCAGGAGGCGAAAGCUGCAUCGGACGCGCAGAACAUCGCAGGAGCGCAAGCUUCCCACCAGGUUAAAGCCCAGCUGGCCGAAAAGGCCGUGGAGGCGGCGAAGGCGGCGGAAGCUGCUCUCGCCGGAAAGGAAGCGAUCGUGGAGCAGCUGCAGCAGGAAGUGAAGGAAGCGGAAGCCGUGGUGCAGGAGGAAAGUGCAUCCAUCCAGCAGUCGCAGACCAACGUCAACGCCGCUAUGCAGGCUGCCCAGCAGGCGCAGCUAGAGCUGAAGACUCUGACGCAAGCCGUGCAGACGGCAAACGCGAAUUUGGGGAACGCCGAGGCUGCCGCCCAGGGCGCCGAACAGGAGUUGACCGAGAAGCAACAAUUGGUCGAGGCUGCCCGACAUCGGGUCGAGGAGCUGGGGAAAAAUCUUCAAUGUGCAAAGACAGACCUGGCUAACACGAAACAAGCGGCGUACAAAGCCAGUGCAUCCGCCCACGAGGCCAAAGUCAAUGCCAACAGGAACAAGCGUGGCCAACGUGUCCUUGCGAAAUGA